AAUAAUAAUAAUAAUAAUAAUAAUAAUAAUAAUAGUAAUAAUAAUAAUAGUAAUAAUAAUAUUGGAGAAUUUUAUUCAACAUCACCAAGUGAUUCACCAAAAUCAGAAGAAUAUGAAACUUUUAAUAAUAAUUUAAUUCAUACUUCAAAUAAUAGUUUUAUAAAUUUUUCAAGUGUUAUAGUUGAUCCACCAUUAAUUCCAACAACUUUACCAUCAACUGCAAAUAUUAAAUUAAUGAUAAAUUCUCAAAAUAGUUUUCAAAUAUUUCCAACAGAUAAUUCAUCAGACUUAUUAAGUCAAUUAAAUGAAGCUCAAAAUAAUGAUAAUAGCAGAGAUAAUGAUAUUCAAUCACCUUCAAUUUUUAAUGAUUCAGAUUUAUCAAAUUCAACCUCAACCAUUACUACCACUACUACCACUACUACCACUACCACCACUAACACCACUAACACCACUAACACCACUAACACAACUUCAAACCAAACAAUAAAUAAAGAUAAAAAUGAGUUUGAAAAUGAGUUUGGAAAUGAAAAUGAAAAUGAUAAUAAUGAUGAUAAUAAUGAUGAUAAUAAUAAUAAUAAUAAUAAUAGUAAAACUACAACUAAAAAUAGAAUAAUUAAAAAACAAGAAAAUCAAGAGGUUUUAUUUUCAUCAUAUUCACCAAGUGAAGCAUUAAAGAAAUCUCAACAUUUAUUUAUGGUAACACCAACAUUUUAUGCAGCUAAAAAGAAUCAAAAAAUUGGUGUUUUUUUAUAUAAAAAUAGUAAUUUGAAUAGAAUUUGUACAGAACAUCCACAAUUGAAACUUGUAUUGAAACCAACAUCACCCUAUUGGAUUCCAAGUUCAUUCACAAGAAAAGUAAAUAGAUUAAACAUUGAAGAGUAUGCACCAAAUCAAUUCACAACAUUGGAAUGUGAUUUAACAAAUGGCGAAGCAAUUUUUGGUCCAGUUAGAAUUAAAAAAACUGGUUGGUAUUAUUUAAAUUGUUCAAUUGAAUUACCACCAUUACCAAAUGCUGAACAAUUAUUAUUUAAAGAUUUCUCUUUUACUUUUAAAUUAUAUUUUUAUGGUUGUCCAACAAAAUCUAAAAAAGAACCAUCACCAUCACCAUCAUCAUCAUCAUCAUCAUCAUCAUCAUCAUCAUCAUCAUCAUCAUCAUCAUCGUCAUCACCAUCAUCUACUUCUAAUUCAUCAACAACUUUUAGUGAUAAAUCAUCAUCAUCAUCAUCAUCAUCAUCAUCAUCAAAUGAUUCAAUAACUCAAAAUGAUAAAUCAUUUAAUCCAUCAUCAAUUAGUGAUAUUUAUUUUAGACCAAGGGAAAGUUUAUUUAAUUAUAUAUCUACAUUACAAGAAACUGGUGCUCGUUGGUCAGAUUUGGAAAAUAUUUUAAAUUAUUAUUCAAUUAAAUUUGAAAAUAACCAUGAAAUUUUAUCCGAACUUUUAAUUGAACAAAGUAUUGGUUGUACUUAUACAAGUGAUUUUUCAAAUGCUCAUUAUUUAUUAGAUAAAGCUUUAGAAUUAUCAUCUUCUCCUGAAAAUUUAUUUAAAGUUAGUUAUUUAAAAUCUGCUAUUUUUAGAAUUCAAAAAAAUUAUUCAGCAUCAAAAUUAAAUUUAGAUACAUGUGAUUUUUUAUUUAAUAAAAUUAAAAUGGGAUCAUUACAUAUUGGUCAAUAUUAUUUUAAUAAAGCAGCUCAUGAUUAUGAUAUUUUAAUGAGUAAAAAAUCAAAAUCAAAUGAAUAUUUACAACAAAGAGAUUUUGUAAUUGAAAAACUUCAACUUGCUUCAAAUCAUUACUCAAUUGAUUAUAAAAAUGCUUUAUCUGGUGCACCAAGUCCGAGAAGUAUCAAUGGUGCCUAUAGAUCGAAUAUUAGAAUUACCCAAGCGAUUCUAGGUGGUCAAAAUUUAACAAUGGCUGAUAUUUUACAUGCUGAAGAAUAUUUAUUAAAGAUACCAAAUAUAAAUAGUUAUUCAUUUACACAAAGAACUCAAACACAUUUAUAUUUUACAUGGGCAGAUUUAUGUUUAGCAAAAUCAUUUGCAUUAUUUGGGAAUAAUAAUCAACAAUCAUUUGAUAUGUUAAGAAAAGCUUUAACCUAUAUUCAUAAAUCAUCAAGUGCUUCACAUCAAUUAGGUUUUAAUAAUGAAAUUAAAUAUUGUCAAGAUCGUUAUGUUAAACUUAAUCAAAUGGCUCCAAAAUCUUUAUUAAAUAAUUUGAAUGGUACAAAUUUAUUCUUUUCAAAUCAAAAUAAUAACUUUAAUUCAAAAGAAUCUUUACCAUUACCAGGUCCAACUCCUUUUAAUGAUAUUGAUAAUUUUGAUUCAACUAUUGAUCAACAAAAUAAUAUUCAAAUACCAUCACCACAACAACAAGAACAACAACAACAACAACAACAACAACAACAACAACAACAACAACAACAACAACAACAACAACAACAACAACAACAACAACAACAACAACAACAACAACAACAACAACAACAAAUUAUUCAAAAUAAUAACCAAAAUAAUAUAAACAAUAAUAGUAAUGAUAACUAUAAUAACAAUAAUAGCAACAAUCUAUUUAAUAACCAAAACCAUAAUAUAAUUAACAAUCAAAAUAAUCAAAUUAAUAGUAAUGGAAUUGGUAUAAAUUAUAAUACUAAUCAAAAUAAUAAUAUUACUAACUUUAUCAACAAUACUCCAACAAACUAUAAUAAUAGUAAUAAUAAUAAUAAUAAUAAUAAUAAUAAUAAUAAUAAUAAUAAUAAUAAUAAUAAUAAUAAUAAUAAUAAUAAUAAUAAUAAUAAUAAUAAUAAUAAUAAUAAUAAUAAUAAUAAUAAUAAUAAUAAUAAUAAUAAUAAUAAUAAUAAUAAUAAUAAUAAUUAUAAUAAUCAACAAAUUCCAAAUAUUAAUAAUGUUUUAAAUAGUCUAAGCAAUUUAACAAACUCUGAUAUUUCCCAUUUCAUUCAAGAAUUAUUAAAAAAGAAUGCUCAAAUUGAUUUAAAUCAAAUACUUCAAGAUAUCACUAAAACUUCAAAUCUUAAUAGUUCUUCUGGUAAUAAUAGUUUUUAUAGUCCCCAAUUAAACGAUCAAUCAUUUCCUGUAAAUAAUAGUCAACAACAACAACAACACCAACAACAACAACACCAACAAAUUCAUUCAAAUAUUCCUAACUUACCAAUGGAAACCAUUACAACACCAAUGUUUAGAAAUCUUAAUGGCCCCAAUAAUAAUAACCCAAAUGAUAUUUUAAACAAUUACAAUAAUGGUAAUAAUUUAUCACCAUUUUUGCCAACUUCCCAAAACUUUAAUUUAAAUUCUUCAAAUGACCAAUUUUAA